GAGAGGGAGGGACUGAAUGAAGGAGAGGAGAGAGAGGAAGGGAGGGAGGAGCCAGGCUGUCAAGGUGAACCGAUAAACCUCUCUUUUAUUUCCCUUGACGUCCAAAACACGACGCGCAGCUCCCGGCAGGGAGGAGAUAGAGAGUGGAGGAGCUCACAUCCAUUACCGUGUGAUAAUCGGACCGGAGCCGGUGAACAGUACAGACACACACCGACAGGGAGCAGACACAGCAAAGUGUUUCUUUUUAAAGCAUCCUUUGUUUUGUUAUUUUUCUAAAUUUCUGGACAUAAAACUUAGAUGGCACGGAGCGAGCUGAGUGCGUCAUGUCGUCGGAGAAGCCAGGAAAAUUAAAGAGCAGCGUGCGGCCGAGGAGUCAUGCUGGGAUCUGAGAAGGAAGAAUUCGGCGUCCCAGAGAGUAGACGGACCCCCGACUCUGGUCUCCCACAGCCCUGAAGGGACCAGCUUGGCUUCACGUGGACAAACCCAUCUGAGAGGGAUUCACACAUCACCCUCUGGUGUCGCUUCUGAUUGGAUGUCCAGCCUCAACUUCUUCCUUGUUUUUUUUUUUUUUCCUCUUGGACUUGAAGCUCUGCCUCAAAAAUCUGGAGAUGAUGCCGCUGCAACUUUGUUUUCCAUCAGAGAAGAUGGAGAAGUUUUCAGCCACCACCGCUGAGAGGGUGGAUUAUUGAAAGGAGUCUGGCAGAGCUUUCUGAAGAAUUAAAAUGGAUUUUUGCUGCUGCUGAAACACCUGUGAAGGUGCAGAGUUCAUGUGUAAUCUUGUGGAAUAACAGUGUGUCUGUCAGUGUGUGAAUGUGUGUGAUCCAUCUAAAUGAGGAGGGCUGCAGAGGAGCUGAUUUCGAAAACAUCUGGAUGGAUACAGAAGAUUUACAAACAGAGAGAGAGAUAGUAUUUUUUACAUGUCCUGCACUUUUCUGUCCCACUUAACAGAUUUUGGACCUUAAAGUAACUUUGAAACAAUAGAGACUGAUUUUUUUUUUUUUUAAAUGGCACAAUAUUUCCUGAGAUUUUUUUAGGGAAUUUCCUGGCGAUGCAGUCACUUUCUCAUUUCCAGACACUAAGUUGGAAGAAAUCAUAUUUUUCUGCCCAUUUUCUGCCGUCACGCCUCAAAAGUGUAACAUCCUGUGAUUUACAUUCAUUGAUCUUUCAACCAAGUGGACAGAAUCAGUUUUGGUGAGACUAACGAGCCACUGCCGCUGUUUCCGAGCCAAUUAACCUCAUCGUUAACUUUUGGCAUUCAGGUCCUUCGUGCUCCUUCGUCAUUAAUGAGAAUGCUGACGUAUGCGAUUACACAUUUCAUUGAGGAUGGUGCUUUUAACUGACAGUCAGCCCUGCAUGAUCACAACCAAGACUGAAACUGCAGAGUGCUUAUUAUUCAGACAUGUGACAAUUGCUUUCCAGAGAAUAUGCAGGUUCUACGUAAUUUUAAUGGAUUUUCUUAACACAUAUCGAGCCUACGUGAACUGAAAUCAUCACAGUUUUUAAGGAACUUGGAUCUUUUUUUCUUGAUAAACAAGAAAGCAGAGGCCAUUUUAAUGUUUGUUUAAAUUUUAUAGUAUUGAGUGAAACAAACCUGUUAUUAUUUUUUAGAUAUCACAGCUUUGGAUCAGAUUCUUUUGCCAUUAUUUUUAUGGCUGUUGUAACUUUUACUGACUUGAAUGCAUCAGUAUUCUGUUCAAGUGGCUGAACUGUCACUGCCAGAGAAACAAGCGCUCUUUGAAUGGUGUUAACACCUUUUAUCGCCUCCUCUUAUUUUUUAGUUCCCACCUUGGAUUACAGCCCACAGGAUAGCAAUGUCAGCAUUUUAAUCUGCAAUACUUUUCAUCACUGAAUUGCCGGAAUUUGGCUUAUUGACCCCUGGAGAGACGAGCCUUGAGCUUGCCAAGUUUUACGCCAGGACCUCGUGUACAUCCCAUCCUGCGUGUCUGAAAUCACCUCUUCCUGCCUCGGAGGGGAACUCUCAGCUGGUCCCAUCACCGCCAUGGUGAUGUCACAGGGCACCUACACCUUCCUGGCCUGUUUCGCCGGCUUCUGGUUGGUCUGGGCCCUCAUCGUCAUGCUGUGCUGUUUCUGCAGCUUCCUGCAGCGCAGGUUGAAGCGCCGCCAAGAGGAGAGGCUGAGAGAGCAAUGUCUGCGAACCGUAGAGAUGGAGCCACUCAGCUGUCACCCCGCAGGAUACCCGCCUCAACCUCCUCCUCCUCCACCCCCACCACCACCACCUUUACAGCUGCCCAGGGAGCCACCGCAGUUCUGCCCUCCUCAGACCUUGUCACCGCCUGUUCCUCUGCAGGUUCCUCAUCCCAUGCCGCAAGCAAACUGGAUCAGCAUGCCAGACACAGACCUUUUCGGGAAGCCGCCCUGCUAUGAGGAGGCAGUUCUAAUGGAGGAUCCUCCUCCGCCCUACAGUGAGGUCUUGGCCGAUCCACGGGGGGGCACCUACCUGAAGCCUGCAACGCUCCGAGCCAUGCCACCUCGGCCUCCUCCUCCUGUCAGGGAACACCAGGAUCCUGCUCCAGUGUUCACGUCUGAGACCAGCAAGCCUCCCGUGGCGGCCGUAUUCCCUGAUAGAGGUUACUCCUCCCUAAUACGCUUGCCCUCAUCCCAGCGCUGGGACUCCCUGGGUCAUCUCCUGUCAAACAUGGACCUGAACCACAACAACCUCACCCCGCCAGGGGCCCGUCCCAUCCAGGCUGCCGCUGCGAUGGCAACCAUGCCCCGCCGAGAGCCCAGGACUCCUCAUGAUGGACUUGGGUUCCGAGGUGGAAUACAAGGACUCCAAGGUGGCAUACAAGGACUACAAGGAAGCAUACAAGGACUUCGAGGAGGGAUGCAAGGACUCCAAGGGGGGAUACAGGGGUUCCAAGGAGGGUUUCAGGGGCUUCAGGGGGUCCAUGGACUGAGGGGACUGGAGCCCAGCUGUGGCCUGCCAACAGCCUUCCCCCUGCUGGGUCGUAGCACCGCUGUCUAGACCUGGAUGCUGACUGGAGGAGUCUAACUAACCAAUACGUUGGCCCAUCUCUGAAGAGCCUUCAAGCAGGAGAUCUAUUAACACAGACUUCCUGUCUGUAUGCCUCCUUUGCUGCUCCAUGUUUACAGCAGUAACACUGCAGUAGUAGAGAUUUAAUUCCCUAAAGAGCUAAAAGAGGGUUAAAGUGCUGUGAAGGCUCAGUGGUUAAAUUCCCUGAUGCAGUUCUGCAGGCAAUGGGUGCCACUUACUCUGCUGGGAUCGAGGCUUUCAGCUCUGUGUAAAGGAGGAAAUGACACACCGUUUCACACCAGUGUUGUCAAAUUAAAGAAGCAUCCUGGUGUCAUAGUGAAGCUCGAUGAGUCAAGGUUCUUUUGAACAGCACAAGAGAAAAAAGGAUCAGUGACGAGGUAAAAGGACGAGUGACAAGCACGGACGUUUCUCCACCUUUCAUCCAGACUUCCUUCAUUUUCAUCUCCACCUCCCCAUCUCGUGUCGCCCUCUCGUUCUGUUCGUCCCUCCUCCCCUCUCUCGGUGCCUGAGCAACCUAUUGUACCAGUCUGCUGUUGCCAUGGCUCCCGGGAACUGUCUGUUGCCCACAACGACCUCUCCUCUUUUAUCUGCUCUGAUUCUCCGACGACUCUGUUCACAGCUUGUCUCGUCUCAAGGACUGAGUGUUAACAUUUAUAAAAGGACACGUGAUGACCCUCUCUGGGACUUGACCACUGUGUUUGUGACAUUAGAGCCUGGUGGCCAGUUUUUACAGUGACAGUCAAAACAACAAGGUAGAGUACAACAAGCUCUCCAGAGAACAAGUGUACUUGGAUUGCAUUGUGUAACAUGCUGCUUUGUUGUUUUCAAUGUCUAUACUACAAAGGUUUGGAGCCCUGUCGGGGGUCACAGGAUGGCGUCAGCUGGAUUAUUUACGGGGAAAAAACUGAAUUUUUCAUGUACAAAUUUAUUAUCAUUCUUUUAAGCUUUGUAACAAAUGCUUUUCUUUUUCUCGCUGGGCUUCUUCCAAUAAUUUAUGGAGUUAAAAAAAAAAAAAAAAAAAAAAGAGCCAAAAAUGGGACCAGCUUAUUGUGUGUUUUUAUGCUCUCCGCAAUAUACCAUUAAAUAUUGGAUCCCUCCCUCUGGAGCAUCUUGAAAUCAAAAUUAAAGCCAUUAACUUCACUAAAUGUCUUCUGGAUUCAAUUACAGUUACAUCUCCUUCACAGUGCCAAAUCAUAUUUUAUUGGAUUUCGGUAUUUACCUUUUGGUACAGCUCUUGUUUGUUUCUGUAAUAAUGCAAAUCUCACUGGGUUUGUGGUGAAAAAAAAAAAAAAGGUCUCAGGAAGAUGGAAACAUCAAUAAAUGAAGUGUGAAAGAAGAUACAAGCAGGAUAUUAUAAUACAAAA